UUAGUAUCAACAUAUUACUGCAUUUCGCUAUCGCAUUUCGUUAUCACAAGCGCGAUAUUGUAUUUUGUACCGUUCGAAAUUAUUUAGAUUGUUUCGCGUUAUAAACAUUAUUCAACAUCGUUGUACUAUUAUAAUGUCUUUUACGGGAAAAGUUGUACUGAUAACAGGGGCCAGUUCAGGAAUUGGAGCUAAAACAGCUAUUUAUCUGGCUCAGCUUGGUGCAUCGUUAUCGAUAACAGGACGUAAUAAAUACAAUUUAAACAAAGUAGCCGAACAAUGCGGACAACCUAAGCCUUUUAUUGUAAUAGGAGAUCUAGCCAAUGAGAACGAUGUGAAAAAUAUUAUCGACUCAACGAUCAAACACUAUGGCAAAUUAGAUGUUUUAAUUAAUAAUGCUGCAAUUAUUGAAUUUGGUACUAUAGAAACUACAAGCUUGGAACAGUACGACAGUAUUAUGAACGUAAACGUUCGCUCAGUAUUCCAAUUGACAACACUGGCAGUGCCAUAUUUAAUCAAAACAAAAGGCAACAUCGUAAAUGUUUCAAGCGUAGCUGGAUUACGACCAUUUAAGAAUAAUACGCCAUAUUGUAUGAGUAAAGCGGCUCUGGAUCAAUUUACGCGUUGCGUUGCUUUAGAAUUGGCAUCACGACAGGUGCGUGUGAAUUCCGUAAAUCCUGGCGCUGUAAUAACCGAUAUCCUUCGGAACACUGGAAUGAACCAAGAACAGAUUAAAAUCUUUUUUGAGAAGAUGAAGGGAGCGCAUGCUUUAGGAAGAAACGGCGACACUUUGGAAAUUGCAAAAAGCAUUGCAUUUCUAGCAAGUGACGAUGCUAGUUUUAUAACAGGGGUGACGAUACCUGUAGAUGGAGGUUUGCAUGUUAUGUCUUUCCAGUCUUGCGAAGAUAUUGCGAAGCAAUAAAAUGCAUACAAUAUAUAAUAUAAGAUGCAAUAUUUACAUAAAUGCCAAUAGUUUUUAGAGUGUCAGUGAACAUUAAACAUAUCGUUUUCUAAAAAUAUUUUUAAAAGUUAUAA